AUGGCGACGACGACACAACAAGUCCCUCCUGCAACCAUCGCCUCGCAGAGCGCUCCUCUGAGCUUGCCCCUCAACCUCCCCAAAUGGCUGUCCGAGAACUCCCACCUCUUGAAGCCGCCGAUCAACAACUUUUGCGUCUACAAUGAUCCCAUAACGGUCAUGGUCGUCGGUGGCCCGAAUGCUCGUACGGAGUACCAUAUUAACGAAACGCCUGAAUUCUUCUAUCAAUACAAAGGCCGCAUGUUGCUCAAGACCGUGCAGAAAAUCAACGGCGCCGAAGAGUUUCGUGACGUCUAUAUCAACGAGGGCGAGCUGUUCCUUCUGCCUGGAAACACCCCGCACAACCCCGUACGAUUCGAGAAUACCGUUGGCGUGGUGAUCGAGCAGCCGAGACCGGACAAUUCGCUGGAUCGGCUGAGAUGGUACUGUGCCAACUGUGGCGAUAUUGUGAGGGAGGCGAGCUUCUACAUGUAUGAUUUGGGCACACAGAUCAAGGAGGCGGUCAAUGCUUUCAAGGAGGACCAUGAGGCUAGGACGUGCAAGAAGUGUGGGACUGUGUGCGAUACUGCACCUACUCCAGAAGCCAUGGAAAAGAUGCGGUCGGGACCACACUAG